UUUAAUACAACCAAAGUACUUCAUAAUCAUAUAUUUAUGUAUAAGAAAGUGGAUCGGCAUAAUUAAUUAAGCCAGUAAAAGUAAACGAGAGGAAUGUUAAAUGGUCACCCGGCCUCUCAUCGGGGAUUUUUUUUGUUUUUCCUCGCGUCCGGAAAUCCAUCUUUUUCAUUAACUACUUGUAACAUGAGCUUUUUACAUUUUUACAAACGUGCGUUUCCAACAAGCUUUAUUGAAAUUUGUCUAUAUAUAUUUACCAAAUCAAGGAAACCAAAAUGUAAAUGACAACUAAACAAUUCAAAUAUUUCGCUUCAGACCAGAGGCGAUCAUAAAUAUGAGUAAUAUUACUAUUUCUCAUCAUAAAUAAUUAUCAUUGAUGGAAAUUUAUAUUUAUGUGUCAAUUAAUAAUUUGUUGCAUUAUUAUUAGUUUUGACUUUUUAAAACUAAAAAUUUUUAUGGGAGGCAUGUUUUAAAACUGCUAAAAAGUAGAUAAAAAAUAAUUUAAGCACUAAAAAGGACCAAAAAUUAAAGUUUAAAAAUCAAAAUACCUCUAAAAAUAAUUUCAAAGAUUAAAAUGCAACUAUAGACAUAGUUAAAGAGCUAAUAACCCUUUUUUCCAAAUAUAUGAAGGAAUAUUGUUCCUGGGUCUCCUGGCUACACGUGGCUCUCAAUUUUUGAAAGGCUGUGGUAAAAGUUGCACGAUACCUAAAGAAACAAAGACCAAUCUACGGAUUACAAGAUUUUUAUUUAUUUUUUAUUUUUUUAUUUUUUAUUUUUUUAAGUCAUAGCGCUAAUGGGUUGGGAUGUUAGGGACUUGGGAGAACAUUUCUUAACAUUCAAAAAUUUUGCUUGCAUAGAAAGCUAGCUGUCCCUGAAUGCUUUUGCGUUGGAACAACAUUUUCUGAAAGAAAGGCUAUCAUACAAACUCCACUAUUCUAAUGUUUACUGACCCUACCUUUUGGUGGCAUAUAAAUGAAGGCUACCCAGAAGACCACUAGUUGCCAUCACAGCUUUCUCCAAUUCUCUGCCUCUUCAUUCUUCUUCAGCUAGACUAUAUACUCUUACUUUGACCGGCUGCUUCUCUCCAACGCAAAGCUAAGGGGUCGCUCAGACCAUGGCAGCGGAACUAGACUUGAAGAAGGUUGAAUUGAAGGUUUUUAUCAACUGCUGCGAUGGCUGCAAGAGGAAAACUAAAAAGGUUCUCCGGAGUAUUGAGGGUACUAAUAUUAAAUUUUCCAGCAGAACUUAUUUGUUAUCGGUUUUUCUCUUUUAAUUUGGACAGUUUCCCCCACCCACUUAUAUCAUGCUGCAUACAAUAUCAAUCAAUGUCAGGUGUGUUGAAGACAGAAAUCGACCCGUUGCAACCUAGAGUGACAGUGGUAGGGAAUGUGGAUCCACAAAUAUUAAUUAAGAAGCUUUCAAAAGCUGGAAAACAAGCAGAGCUUUGGAAGCAAUUAGGGAAUGAGAAGGCUGCAAAUGGAAAUAAACAAGUAGCAAAUAAGACAAAUGAGAAAGAGAAAUCAGAAUCAGUGUAUAAGAAGUCGGCAAAAUGCCCAGACUCCUCCUCAUGCGACAAUGACAGUGGCAGUGGCAGUUCUUCCACUGAAAAAGUAGUAGUAAAGGAAAUUCCAGAUAGUGGGGAUAAAAGAGGUCCGGAGCAUGAUCAGACAGAGAUAGGCGGUAUUUAUGAAGUCACAGAGAACAAAAAUGCUAUUCUUCCAACAAACCAUGAAGGUUUAGCAAGAAGCAUGGUGCAUGACAAAAUGAAAGUGAGAACUUGCACACAACAGUGCUGCAUGGCAGAACCACCUCAGCUAAUCACCCUGCCCUACUAUGCAAUACAUUCUUAUGCAGCCACAGCAGCUCUAUUCCCAUCACCGUGCUAUGCUCAGGCAAACUACCACUAUGAAAUGGCAAUGUAUCAGCCACCAUUCCAAGCACCAGCAACACAAGUAGGGGAUUAUUUCAGUGAUGAGAACACUGUGGGAUGCUCUGUAAUGUGAGAUGAUGAUGGUCCAUUCGAAAUGGCUAAAUUAUCUGAUUUGGGCAUUCAGCAUUCCAGUUGGUAUUGGAUAGAAACGAUUAGAACCAUGAAUUUUGCAGAUUUUCGGCUAGCUCACUUAUUAUAUUUUUUGUCUCCUAGUCCUGCAAAUAGUUCCAAUCCAGUAGAAGAAAUGUGAAAAGUGAAGACCACCUCCAGCGGAAGGAGCGGAAACUGCAGAGUUCCUGGAUUUGUCGAUAGCUUCUUUGACUUUAUGAACAUGGCUGCAUGCACUGGGCAUCUUCUUCUUCUUCUUUAUUAAUUCAAAAGUUGACAACAAUUGAUUCGAUUAUUUGUUCAAAUCCAUUUACCAUCUUUCUAAGGUUCUUAACUAACUACUUAUGAUUUAUUUAAAGCGAUAUGGGAAGGGCAAUGAUAGGAACCAGUGGCCGUCUGUCUAACCUUCCUACACAGGUUCACUACAAAGUAAACAGUACCAACUGGACCACUUUAGUUGAAGGGAGAUGAUCCUCAAAUCAGUUAUAUAAUAGAACAAACAGAUAUUAAACUCCACAGCAACCAUCUUUCAGCUUUAACUAAAUCAGUACGAGUAACAAGGUGUAUCAGUCUUUUUCACUUGGCGGCAUAUUUAACUCCCAGCCAUCAACAUCUUUCUCACACAAUGUCGGACUUUCUCAAAUUUUUUAUUCCACAUCCUAUAUCCACUUUUCUGCUACACUUUUGAGACACUCCACUUGACAAUAAAAUUGCGAUUUUUAAUGAGGAUUGCAAGUUGUUAAAUAGCAACUCCACAACAAAUUUUGAUUUUCUUAACUUCAUAUAAAAGUAAAAUUAAGAAUGCCUCAAGUCAUUCAAGAGUUCCAUUUCAAUGACAACAACCAAGCAAGCAGUUCUAUUUACUUUUGUAUGGAUUUGCUUACAUGCUUAUAAAUACAAUAAAUAUAACAAUCAUUGGAUCCCUUUAUUACCAUACCUUUUAGGGAAUUCAUGCUGUAAUGUAAUGAACACUCAGUUGAUAGUAAUAGCUUAAUUUAUGAUAAGAGAAAUAGAUGAACCUGGUAUCUCUUGGGAAUUGACUUCCAUCUUAACUUCUCAAUCUUAGUAGUUAAUUCAUGAAAGAAACAAAUCAUCAAAGAAAGGAGGAAUAAUUGGAAAUGAAAAGAUAAUCCACUGUUUUUGAAAUUAUAGUAUGCUCUAAAAACUCAACAUCUACAGAUUAUUUCUGGUGAACUAAAGGGGAACCUGUAGUAUUAAAGGAAUGACCUUCAUAAGAUCUCACUUCAGGAUGUCAUGAUUUCAACGGUGAAGGGGGAAAAGAAAAAACUGUGAGGUGUUGAACCAGAUUUUCAGUGAAGUGGGCUUUUCAUGUCAAGUCUGCAAUUUCUUUCUCUCCGUUUCACCUUUUUUUUUGGGGGAAAAAUUCGGCAAUUUCUUAGCUAUAAAACCCACUCAAAGGGCAUAAAAUGACAUUAUACACAGAGCCAAUUGCACAAGUAUACUCCACCAUGUUAAGCACUGCUGGUAUAGCCCAUAGCAGUGAAUCUUAAAUUCCUAAUUUCCUUUAGCUCCAGAAAUUGGCAUCAAAUGACAUUAUGCACAGAGCCAACUGCACAACUAUAUCCACCAUGUUAAGACCCAUAGACCGCUGGUAUAGCCCAUAGCAGUGAAUCUUAAAUUCCUAAUUUCCUUUAGCUCCAAAAAUUGGCAUAAAUGAAAAAGGCAAUGCUGUAGUUUCCAAAUGUGAAGACGCACAAACUAAGUCUUGGUGCUAAGAAUGGCUUGGAAAUAAAUUAAGCGAGUUAAGUCAAUUAGUUCCCCAGUCAAUAAUCCAAAUCAGUGUUUCUAAAGAUACUUUAGGGAAGUCAGCAAGGCACAGUAAAAAUAUGUGCACCAUGCAAUGAGACGUAUGCCUCAAAGUCAUGUAUACAGGAGAGGAGCCGAAAAGGCAUGAAUUCUUAGACAUAUGGUAUCAAUCAUAUGGUUAAGAGGUUAAACCAUAUCAAUAGCCUCAUUAUACCUAAACUUAACCAGCUCGAGUUUCUUUAUAGCACACACGGCAGGUCUAGAAUAUAAGGU